CUCAUCCUCUUCGGGCUCAGCAACCAGAUGGUGGUGACCUUCAAGGAGGAGAACACUGUUGCCUUCAAGCACCUCUUCCUCAAGGACUACGUGGACGGCGCCGACGACUCCUACGCCGUCUACACCCAACGCGACCUCUACGAGCGGCUCUUCUACGCCGUGGAGAAGGUGGGGAGAGUGGGGAGACCCCCAGGGCUCAUCAAUGUCACCAUCCAAUUCAAGUUGAAGGCCAUCAACAUCCAAACCAUCAUCAACAAUGAGAUCCCCGACUGCUACACCUUCACCAUCACCAUCACCUUUGACAACCAGGCCCACAGCGGGCGCGUGCGGAUCCGCCUGGAGAACCGGGCGGACAUCAAGGAGUGCAAAGACCCCAGCGUCUUCGGCCGAGGUGACAACUCCUUCAGGCUGUUCUUUGAUGUCCUGGUCAUCCUGGUGUGUUCUCUGUCCUUCAUCCUCUGCGCUCGCUCCAUCAUCCGGGGCCUGAUGCUCCAGCACGUGAGUCAGGGAGACAGGCUGGAGUUCCUGAACGGCUGGUACAUCCUCCUGGUCAUCAGCGACGUCCUCACCAUCCUGGGCACCAUCAUGAAGAUUGGCAUCGAGUCCAAGAACUUUGCCAGCUACGACGUGUGCAGCAUCUUGCUGGGCACCUCCACCCUCCUGGUCUGGGUCGGGGUCAUUCGCUACCUCACCUUCUUCCAGAAGUACAAUAUCCUGAUUGUCACCCUGAGGGUGGCCCUGCCCAACGUCAUCCGCUUCUGCUGCUGCGUGGCCGUGAUCUACCUGGGCUACUGCUUCUGUGGCUGG